AUGGAUUCCGUUUACUCUUUUGAUCCUGCCCUCUUGGAGCUGCCGUAUAUCCGCCGCCAUGUACGCUCUUCAUCUAAAGCGAGCUCUAUUUACUCUGCUGUUUCUACUGUCGAGUCAACACCGGACUCUGUUUGCACCAGGUUGACGACACCUCCUCGUGCCAGUCCUCCGGUUCACCAGCAUGGACCAGUUCUGCUGCCCAAGAUUCGCCCUCAAGACCAACACAUUGAUGGAUGCCAGCCUGCUCAAACUCCUGUUACCAUGAAAAAGAUAAACCGUACCCGCAACACUACUCCUGGAUCCGCGAGGGCAUCUUCAGUCAAGCCUGUGCGAUCCAGCCACGCAAGAAGCUACACAAACCCAGAGACACUCACCAACAUGGCCUAUGCCCAUCUGCCGUCAUUUCCCACCACCAGUUCUCUUGAGGGACAGCAAGCUCUAUCAAACCCGGCUCCUCUGCUGUCAUCCCCUGCCAUCUUCAACAAUUUCAUCGGCGGCCAAAACAACGGCAACAACAACAACGCCGAUAUGAUGACCACGGAGUCAGAUGUCAUGUCCGCCGUCCCUCGCCGAGCAUCAACAUGUUACGACCUUGAUGCCACCACUCUCGGCAAAUACGGCUAUCCUACAUAUCGUCAAAUGCCAUUUAUGCCAUCGACUACAUCUGCAAUGCACACACCGCCUCCAGAGUUCUCAUAUUCAUCAUAUGCCCCGCGUGCUCAGUCCCCCCUGAGUCUUGAAGGCUCCCCAGAACCUGUUGUUGCUACUACUCCCACGCCAUCCACAACACUCAUCAAUUACCUGAUGGAGACCAAUCCCGCUGCUUCCCUAGUCCGCACAGUCUCAUUCCCAAUGCGCGACCCGAGCAUCAAGCACUUUUGGUGGGAUAUUCGCAACAUUCGUUCAUGGAGCUCAUUCAAUGCGCAAACCAUCUUUUCCCUUCCUCGCGCCUCGGGACUGCUUACAACCCCUGUGCCCUCUUCUCUCCUCCCACAAGCCACCAUGUCUUGUCGAACUCCAGAGACAGAGGCAUCUCUGCAUAGCAUCUAUGCGUCAUAUUAUCUGCCAAAGCUUAACUCUGCUCUUGCCAUUUCCUCCAACCGACCCUUGCAGUUCUCAGUACCAACCAAGUCCUCUAACAGCAUCAAGGACCUACUCUUCGUCGCCAACGCCUCUGGAGAAUCGUCCAGUGCUGCCGCCAUCUUUGGCGGAAAGCCCUUGGCCAGAGUGGUCGGCCUUGUUAGAAGCUUCGACCGCUUCAACACUGGCAUGCGAGUAGAAGGAAACAUCAAGCGAGUUGAGUACCUCCGUGGCCUUUCGGCUCUCCACCACGCCAUGCGAGAGCACAGCUGCAGGUACGGCUUCAUUCUCACCGAGAUUGAGCUCGUUCUCGUUCGCUCCGGACAGGAAUCCACCCCAUUCUUCGGCGAUCUGGAAAUCACUUCGGUUCAACUCUGUGUAACAGCCCCCGAUACCAACGGUGCUGACGACUCAGAGUCUGCAACCCCUUUGACAGCGUGUCUAGCUCUCUGGGGCAUGUGCCAGCUUGCCAGCGAUGAGACUCCCCCUGGAGAAGCACACUGGAAGGCUGAAAUCGGCGCUCCCGCUGAAGGUACACGACGCAAGGCUAAGCCACGCGACAGCUGGAUGCCCCAACCCCAGCUGGCAGAGAAGCGAGAGGCAAAGCGCAGCCGAGGAUGGAUCUGGCCUGAAGACGCCAUUGGAAGAAAGGAGCUGGGAAAGAGGGGAGUCAAGUAUGGUGGCAUAUAA